GAAAGACACGCCUUGGGUGCGAGUCGACCACACCUUUGCUCUGGCCAUAACCCUCUCCUCUGCCUCGUGCAGGCCCCCGCUUUCCCCUCUCUCCAUGUCUUAUUCAAGACACGCGCAGUCGUCGUCACACUCCUCGCGGCGCACGAACCAGUCCGUCUCGUCUGUCACAUCCGCAACUUCAGUAUCAUCAUCCCGCAGCGAGCGAAGCGAACGGAGCGAACGUUCUGCUCGGUCUGGCUCCAGCCCUGCCGUUGAGACGGCCGUUACUCGGCUGCUCGUCUCGAUCAAGCAGCUCCUCGAGUCCCUCACAAAAUGGAGCAGGCAGGAAAUCAUUGAGACCGAAGUCAGCGACGUCUAUGUCCGGCUGGGCAACGACUUUAACGCGGCAGUGGCUGCGUUUGCUGCAUUCAAUAUCCAGAUGCACGAACUCAUGACGGUUCCGGAUGAGCUUCGCAACGUGCUCGAGACCUGCCUAUCCGAAGACGCCACACCUGAGAACUUGGACAUCUACCUUCCUGAAGUCCGAAGGAUCAUCACGAACUUGCUCCAAGGUUUGCGAGGCAAGCAAACCCUCUACCGGAGCGUCGUCUCAGAUCACCGACAACGGUCAUCCGGUACUGCAGCUGCUGAGGGCGAGCACAGGUCACGACGCGGCGAGAGAGGCUCAAAGCGCGAAAGCGACACGCUGUCGCGCACGCCAACGAUACGAUCCACCGCAGAUGCUCCCGACAGCGUCGCCAAACGCACUGUAAGCUCAUCCGGCCGACGGUCCCACAGCCAAUCUGCAUCUACCAGCUCAGAGACAUAUGGCAGUCCGCGGGAAGGGCAGGCGCAAUCCAGCCGGACAUCAACACCAUCGCACACGCCUUCGCGGUCACAAACCGCGGAAAGCAGUGGCUGCAGUCCCUCUCGCGCGCGAUCCGCCUCGGCAGUGGAUGCAUUGCAUACGAACGGAUACCACCCAGAAGAAGACGACGACACGACGCCGAAACACCACUCACUGCCUGAACCCGAGUCGGAACCGAUGCCGAACCCACAUCCGCCGCAACAAGUGCCAAGCCACGUCAAGCGAUAUUCUCUCGUCGACCGACCUGUCUCCUCUCCAACACCGCCGCCCACAGUCAUUAUCGAUGAAGCCCCAUCCGACGAGCGCCCCACUCCAGAACCCAUGUCCCCAGCUCAGACACCCCCAGAGCUACCGUCCGACAACCAAACCUUGGAGACACCAGGCGUGCAAAACUCACUCGCAGCGCUGAGGAACCGCGAUGCGCUGGAACGGCGCGCGUCGAAGCGGUUCUCCACUUACAACAUCUCCAAGAUGACCGGCGGCUCAGGGCGGGAACGGCCUAGUGCGAGCAGCAAUCUGAACCGACGGUCAUUGGCGGUCUCGUCUGCACUCAGCCCGGGAGAGCUAGCUGUGCUCACGGAGGCGGACGAGGACACACCGACGGUGGUGCAUCGGAAGAGGACCAGAGGCUCGCAGCGAUCGCGAAAUCCUUCGCCUAUCCACGAAGAGGACGAGACGCCCCCAGUGCCGCCGUUACCUAUACAGCAGCCCUCACUUAAGGUCCCGUCGUUGCCUAUCGUUGAGAACGAGACGUCGGACGAGGCUCCGCCACCGCUGCCUGCAAAGGGACCGACGGCGACGCCCUCGGACGAGCAGGCUCCCACAGAGUACUCGCCGCGCUCCUUCCCAGUCUUCUUACAGGUCGGCCGAGAGGUGAAGAAGGCAAUGCUGGAACCUGGAUUAUCGGUCUCGAGUCUCCGGGUGCUGUUCGUUGACAAGUUCGCGUACAACCCAGGACAGGACAACUUCCCUGCGAUCUAUAUCCGGGAUCCUCAGAGCGGCGUGCAGUAUGAGCUCGAAGACAUGGAUGAGAUCCAGCCGAAGUGCCUGCUGUCGCUGAACAUUGAGCCCCUUGAUCAGAUCAAACAGCAUAUCGACUCCCAGAUCUCGUCGCUAUCGCAAGACAUCAAGGAUCUCCGCACUAUGGUCGCUAGCAACCGUCGGACGUCGAAUCCACCACCACCCAUGAUCAUUGCCCAGCCUCUUGCCGAGAACGCGCCGGCGACGGCACGCCCGACAGAUCGCCAGUUCCGCCACAUUGCACGGCGCCUGUCGAGGUUCCUGCCGGAUGACGCCAAGUCGCCUGUGGAGGAGGAGCCUGUGACGCCGCAGCAUACGGGGACGUCGUCGAUCCAGGUGCAGAUGACGGGCACGUCGGUCAUGUCCGAGUUCACGACGCGGGUGGUGUCGGACUUGAAGACGCAGUUCGACGAGGUGCAGAACCUGCGGCGGGACCUGGGGAUCAUGCGGCAGAUGUACACCGAGUUCAUCAAGCAGACGAAGGAGUCGCUGGGCGCGCUGCGCUCGCAGACGCAGAACGUGCGGCAGCUCGCGACGCAGAAGGUCGGCGGGGCGCGCGCGUACAUCAAUGAUGGGAAGGCGAAGCUGGACUCGCGGAGCCAGAACGUGCUGACGAAGAUGGAGGAGCUGCAGGACACGGUGGAGAGCAUCAAGGACGACGUGCUCAAGCGGAACAUAUCGCCGAAGCCGCAUGUGCUGAAGAACGUCAAGGGGGACAUGGAGGCGGUGGCGACGGAGCUGCAGAGCCUGAAGGAGCACAUCCAGACGGUGAAGCCGAUGUGGAAGAAGACGUGGGAAGAAGAGCUGCAGAACAUCGUCGAGGAGCAGCAGUUCCUGCAGCACCAGGAGGAGUUCCUGAGCGACCUGCUGGAGGACCAGAAGGCGGUGGUGGAGGUGUACGGGCACGUGGAGAAGGUGAUAUCCCUGCGGGGCUCUGCCGCUGCGCGAGCGAGCCGGAGCAAGAGCUUCAGGCCGCCGCCGAUGGACGAGGGCCACACGGGGUUGAGCACGGUGAUGCUGGAGAUCCGGGGGGCGGCUGUGGACCCGGAGCGGCGGAUGAAGGCGAUCGCCGCGAACGAGAAGAUACGCGAGAAGGAGCUCGCGAGCCGGUCGGACGAGUUCCAGUCUGAGCUGAGCGGGUUCGUCGGGGGGAAGAAGCUGAAGAUGACGGGGGGGACGGAGGAGACGGAGCGGGUGAGGCAGAAAAGGAACGAGCAGACGCUCAAGGCGAUGUUUGGCCCCUCGUCGGGCACGGCUUCGCCGAUGUCUGCGCCGAACUCGAUGCCUUCUUCGCCGGUCACGUCUGCGCCUAUUUCUACCGAGUGAGAUGUCUGGCUUGCAUGCUUGCAGUUGGACGCGUGCGUGAUCUGAGCCCGAGCCGAGCCUGGCAUGCUGCCGGCUAGGAGGGCUUUAGCGGACAUGCCGCCCACAUGACGGGCGGCUGCGAAGGCGGACUGCCCGCCGGUUUAUUGGCUGUCGCGCGCGUCGCGACGGUAUUCUCGAUUAAUCGUUGUGAUAUAUCUAGUGGUGGUCUCUCUCAGUUCCAUUAUGUGGCUCUUUAUCGCUCGUUGUAAACUCGCGCGCAGGGCGUACGAAUGGCUUGCUUUGGGAUCGUUGCUUGCUAGACUCAUGCAUGUUAGGUCCAUACCAUUUCUUUCUUUCGAUUUGCCGCUGCAGGUGUAGCACAAUUAAUUACGAGUUAUUAGGCUCGUGUUCGGGCGAGCACCAUCGGAUCGUUUGAAUUUCCUCUCGUGUAGCCGAGUCGCCAGUUGGUGGCGACGUGGUUCGAUAAUGGCAUAUAGACCAGAGUCCAUGC